AUACUUAACAACAAUUGUUCGGCGCCGGGCACGAAGUCGAAAAACGAGGAGGCGCGGAGGCUUCUGUUUCUGCCCAAAACCAUGCCAUUUGGCUCCUCACUCGACUCCUGAUCGCUGGCCGGGCGCGAUCUCCAUUCCAAGUGUAUUGCUUUCGAAGCCAAAAAAUUCCCCCUUUGCGAUUUUUGAUUUUCCGCUUGAGUUCGCUGGCUCGAUCGUUUUGCGGCCCAUUAAAAUCAAGACCGUAGACCCGUAGGCCAUUUAUUCCGCCGUAAAGUUGCGCCAUGGCCGCCGCGAAAGCCCCAAACCGCCGGUCGGAGCCGAAGUUCCCUGUGGCGAUGCCGCGAGGAGCGGUCACGGGGCAUCCCAGUCCGCCAGCGCCCAAGUCGCCGGACGGCAUCACCGCGUUGGCCAGGAAGAGCAUCACGUCCAUGUCGGACGAGGAGAUAAUCCAGGAGAACCUCAACGAGAUCCUCGAACUCAAGUCGCGCAAGGGGAGGAUCGCCUAUAGCCCUGAAAAUGCUUUUUCCGCCUAUGAUUCCGCGAGUGCAUCUGGCGACGACCCAGUGGUGGCCUCAUCUCUCAUAUUUGAUGUCCCUUUGCAGGAGGAGCGAAAGGCCAAUGGACGCCUGGUGGCCGUCAUCGUCUGCUUUUUGGUGCUCUUCCUGGCCGUCUACCACGCCUGCGUCCGGAAGUCGGAGAACUCGCUGGCCGGCGUCCUCGUCCCGGCGGGCAUCAUGCUCUCCUACGGCGCCUGGGUGGCCGUGCUGGCCAAGCGGGACAAGCACCGGCGGGCCAUGUUUGAGCGGCACAUCGAGGAGGUGGCCCUGAAGAACAAGAUCGAGCUGGAGGAGAAGCACGCCCGCCACGCCAAGCACUCCCACGCACACCCCCACCACGGUCACUCGGGCACGGACUCCACGGGCAGCGCCUCCAGCACACUGCAGUUCGUGAACGAGCUGCUCCCCAACGGGGAGCACCGCAAGAAGCAGCGGCGCCACCGGCACAAGGAGCGCUCCGGCGAGCGGGAGGAGCACCAGCACCUGGAGGUCGGCGUGCACCGUGGCACGCCCAAGAGGCCCAGCUUCCGGCAGAAGCUCUUCGGCCAGACCAUCGCCCACGUCAAGCUGGUGGAGGCCCAGAGCGACAGCACGGACUCCGCGGGCGGUCCGGGUCCGGGUCCGGGUCCGGGCUCGAGGCCGCCCAGGAGCACGAGUUCGAGGCAGCCGGACCCCAGUGCCCAGGCCCAUCCCGGCGAGCAACGCCCCCGGCUGCAGCCGCAGGUGGUGCGAGUCAGCUCGGUGCCCUGAGGCAUGUGUGCAGCUGCCCUCCGGGCGUCGCCGAGGGGCUGGCCUCGCCGCUGUGUCGAGUAAAUAAAUGUAUUAUAAAAAAUAUAAACAGGAAACCCGCCUUUAUAAAUAGACGGCAAUCAAAGGAAGGAAACGAUCCGAUCUCCGCAUCGAAAUCAAUGCUGAGUACGUGAGAAUCGCAGUGUGCAAACAGCUCCGACCAUCUGGCUCUGGGUGGGCAUAUUUCGACUUUAAACUCUUCCGUUUGUGUACAACAGCUGUAUUUCAAAAAUCUAUCAAUCCUCUUUCCAUUCAAUUUCAUAUUACAAUUUCCUUAUUUAUUUAUACAUUUUUUUUUUUCAAUUUCGCCCCACCUUUUCCUAUUUUUUGUAUAUUUAAAUUACCAGCUAAUUGAUCUGUAAUUGUUUUGGAAGUUUCAUAUAGGGUCAAGCAUUUUUCCGCCGCCUUUUUAUUGCAUAUUUUAUUUACCACGAAAUGUUCCUGCUUCCUCGGUGGAAAAUAUUACAAAGGAACGCACAUGGGGGCUUUCCAUUGCCUGACGGCUUUGAUGGUGGCGUUCUAUUUAAUGGCCAGCACCACCACCGAUCCCUGGGCGCUCGUGUGCGUGCUCUGGGACACGGAGUGGGCGGUCAUCGGAUUGUUAUUGCAGUUUAAUGGCUUACAUGUGGUGGACCACACUCGCCCGCCGGCGGCCCCGACCUUGCGAAUUCCCCCGGAAUCGCAAUCAGAGCCGGAGGCACUCGCUGUUUACACGGCGUGCCUUUCAGGGCCCCCGUCUUUGUACUUGAACAUAAAAGUGGCUAGAUUUAUGAAACUGUUGCUAGCAAAGUACGUAAAUAAAAAUCAAUUUUGAAAAUGUUUAAGUAACUAUUACUAAAACCUAAACAUUUAAAAGGAUAAUGCUAAGAUUUCUAAACACCUGUCGAUGGUAUAGUUUCAAAUAGUUGAUAAAAACGGUACUAAUUUUUUGUAUUUUUGCAACUAUAACUUACAAUUUUUAAUGAUAUCUUAAUAUUUUAAAAUAUUUCUAUUUUUAUAGCAAGCGCAUUUUAUUACCGCUUUAAAUUUAAUUAAUUCAAGUUCAUCUAGCU